AUGUCUCAAUUUCGCUCCAAGGUGCUGGAUCUCUCCUGCUUCAUAAACAACAAAAUCAUCCGCGAUCAUACCAAGCGAAAGGUUUUUGAGCAGCAUGAACCCGAGCGCCAGGCUCUCCGCUACAUCAUCCGCAACACAUCUCUCCCUCAGCGAACACGAGCGCAGGCGCAGCUACAACUCACCCAAAUGCAUUGCUACACGCGCUCCACCCAGAUCAAGAAUCGAUGUAUGAUGGGUGGUAAGGGUAGGGGUAUCUUCCAGGACUUCAGAAUGGCCAGAUAUCAAUUCAGAAUGAACGCGCUGGCAGGACGUCUACCGGGAGUGAAGAAGGCGAGUUGGUGA